UCCAUGACUUGCAUAGCAAUGCAGGUGCCCUGGAAGCCACAUCAGGUUUGGAAAACCACAGCUUGCUCCUAGAAUCCUGAACUUGAACCUCAUUCGGGACAGCAAAUGAACAGGAUGAGUUGCCCUAUUCAGGCCUGUUAAAGCUGGACAAAAUCUUUUGAAAGAAAUGGAGCCAGUUCCUUGGAUUGUGUCCAGAAGUUUGCUUUGAGAAGGAAUUUGAGUUUUCAGGGGGAAGGCAAAGACAAGAUUCAAGUGAAGCCUGGCCUGAGAAUGCACCAGGAACUAAGAUGAAGACUGACUAACUCUCAAUCAAGCUUUCAGUGCAGUAAGGGAGGAGAAGGGCUGAGUAAUUACCAAGGAUGAACCAGCUCCACCUGCCCAGUGUCGUGAACCUGCUCUUCCUCGUGGUGCUGUAACCUGGCCUCUGACUUGGGUUCCAGAAAAAGCAGAAGUUUCUUCCUAAAAGCAGGUUCCAGAUCCUUCCACGGCUCUUCUCCUCCCUGGACCCCACUCAGCAGCCAGGCCAGGCUGCUCCUUCAGGAGGUCCCUUCUCCAGGGCAGCCCACAGUGACCUUGCACAUCUCAGAACCUUACAGCACUGGCUGAGCCAGUCAGCUACUUGGGGGUCGGGGAGCAGGAUCUCCCUGUGUAGUCCCGGCUGGCCUUAAACUCCUCAUCCUUCUGUCUUAGUCUCUGGAGAGCUAGGAUUUCAGGGAUCAAACUUGGGACCUUGUGCUUUCUGAGGCAGGCGGCAGAACCACUGAGCUGGCUGGGUUGGUGAUCCCAGGGGCCUUCCGGGGUUCUCUCAGGUCACCCCCUUCCGAUGGUACGGACAGGCAAGCAGACUGCUUCCCAAGGUCCCUGACUCUUCCUCCUCGUGUGGCUCUGCUCUCUCAGUGCUGGGGAGAGAAUGAAGUCUCACACAGGACAGCCAAGUCCAAAAGGUCGAGCAAGGGUGAAAACCACAGCAAGCUGGUACAUUAACUCGUGACUGCCCAUUGUCCUGUCACGUACCAGCUCUUCCUGCCCCGAGGAGCCAUUAGCCCUGUGUCCUGCAGCCCAGCAGUGGUCUUGGACCCCAGCAAAAUGUCAAGCCAGGAUUUGAGCCUCACCGCCAAACUCAUCAACGGAGGAGUGGCAGGGCUCGUGGGGGUGACCUGCGUGUUCCCCAUCGACUUGGCCAAGACCCGGCUGCAGAACCAGCAUGGAAGAGACAUGUACAAAGGAAUGAUGGAUUGCCUGGUGAAGACAGCACGUGCAGAGGGCUUCUUCGGCAUGUACCGAGGGGCCGCAGUGAACCUCACCUUGGUCACCCCGGAGAAGGCCAUCAAGCUGGCAGCCAACGACUUCUUCCGGCAGCUGCUCAUGGAAGACAGGAUGCAGCGGAACCUGAAGAUGGAGAUGCUAGCCGGAUGCGGGGCUGGAAUGUGCCAGGUGGUGGUUACCUGUCCCAUGGAAAUGCUCAAGAUUCAGCUGCAGGAUGCUGGACGCCUGGCAGGGCAUCCCCAGGGCUCGGCCUCGGCACCUCCAUCCUCCAUGUCCUACGCCAUGGGCUCAGCUUCCACCCACAAACGCCCGUCUGCCACCCUCAUCGCCUGGGAGUUGCUGUGCACACAGGGCCUGGCUGGUCUCUACAGGGGCCUGGGGGCCACACUGCUCAGAGACAUUCCCUUCUCCAUCAUCUACUUCCCGCUGUUCGCCAACCUCAACAACCUUGGAGUCAGCGAGCGCACAGGGAAGGCCUCUUUUGCUCAUUCCUUCGUGUCAGGCUGUGCUGCGGGUUCUGUGGCUGCUGUGGCAGUCACACCUCUGGAUGUUCUGAAAACUCGAAUCCAGACCCUCCAGAAAGGCCUGGGUGAAGACAGUUAUGGCGGGACAGUUGACUGUGCCAGGAAACUCUGGACCCGGGAGGGACCGGCCGCCCUCAUGAAGGGAGCAGGCUGCCGCGCCCUUGUCAUAGCGCCCCUCUUUGGCAUCGCCCAAGGUGUCUAUUUCUUUGGUAUCGGGGAGCGUGUCUUACAGUGGUUAGAGUAGCUCAGGCUGGAGCGACAAGUCCCGUUUGCUGUGACCUCCCUUAGACUAGAAGGGGUGAAGGGAGGGCGAGGCACUGGCCCAGGCUGUGCGCUGCCCACUGCCCUCUGAUGCUGUGCUACCUCAGCCUCAGCCUCAGAGGAGCAGCCCACCCCAUGAUUGCUCAGAAACCCCUUAACAAUGCUAGCUUUGUCACCCAAGACCUUCACGGGGCAAGGAACAGCUGAAGGGCUCUUUCUGAUUUUAACACUGCCCUCUCACUCAAGCUCAGUAGACUUGAGUCAGUGGGAGGAUUUAGUUUGGUUAAUCUCCAGUUAAUAAUAACAUGGUUAGUCCCAGUGCUGAUGUUAAGCAGAGGCGUCAGGGGUCCAAGCGGACUAGCGCCAGCGCCUGGCCUGAGCCAGGGACCCCGUGAAUGUCACAGACAGGGCCAGGCCCAGCAGCUGCCUUGCCCCAAGCUCUCCUGUAGCCUGUGCUUGGGCAGGCCGGAUGACAUCUGCGGGGCACUGGCCGAAAUAAAGCUCAAGUCUCGUCUUGUG